AUGGAGACACCGCAGAGGCGAGGUCGCUACGCAGUAGAAGAUUGGUCCACUGGAACUCACUAUGGCUGCAAGUGCGUUCAAGCAGCAGAACCAGCAGCAAGAGUAGCAGCAACAGCAGCAGGAGUAGCGUCGAUCAGCCGCAAGAGUAGUAGUAGUAUCAGCAGCAAGAGCAGUAGCAGCAGCAUGCAGCAACGGAAGCAGGCAGCAGACUCAACCCGAAGCAGUAGCCAAGUUGAAGUGUAUGCUAUGGCGGCGCUGCUGCUGCAUGUCCCCACAACUUCCUGCCCACCGCAGCAGCAGCAGCAGCAGCAUGAACACGAUGAGUCUCAGGAGCAGCAGGAGGAAAAGAAACAGAACCAACAGCAGCAGCAGGGAACGGCAAAGAGUCCGUUGUGCGGCGUGUUGCAGCAGCAGGAUCGCUGCCCGGUGUAUGUUCAGCCUGCAGCAGCAGCAAUAGAAGCAGCAGCAGCACCUUUGCUGCUGCAGGAGCUGCAGCGGCUGCGGCAAAAGGAAUGGUUAGAUGAUGCGGUUAUAAAUGCAUUCUUAAAGUUGCUGCAGCAAGACAACAACAACAAACACAAACAAAACCCCAACUGCGUCCCUAAAGUCAGUAUCGUGAACACUUUCUUCUUCUCUGUGCUCUAUAGUGACCCCGAAGAGGCAGCCAGAGUCCAGAGAUGGACGCGAGGCGUUGAUAUUUUUUCUUCUCGAUUUCUGCUCGUUCCUCUUCACGUUAGAACUGUUCAUUGGGCUUUGGGUGUGGUGGAUAUCGCACGAGGGCUGACAUUUGUAUUUGACGCGCUGCCGCAGCAGUUUGGGGCUUUUCAUGAAGUUAUAAAACCCUUCCUUAACGAUUUGUGGAGGCAAAGAGGCAAUACUGAGGCCCCGCCUGAGUGGCAGGCGGCAUUGCCCUGUGCCUUUUCAUAUGAUAUCCCGCAAGUAGAUCGGUGUGCUCAGCAGCAGCAACAACAGCAGCAACAGCAGCAGCAGCAGCAGUGGGGGGACAACAGCGCGGGAAAAGGCUUUAGGGUUGCUGGAAUCCAUAUAACGAAGCGCAUGUUCUCAACAGCGCAUUUCCUUCUGCUGCUGAUUCUGCUGCUGCUGCUGCUGCAAGCGGAGAGCACCACCAACACCUUCCAUAGGAAGCUUCCUGCAUGCAGCAUCGAUCGGCGCGCUGCUGCUCCUGCUCCUGCUGCUUUUGUUGCUGCUAGACCUUUGCUGACGCAUCCCCAGCUCCUGUGGAGAUGCGCCCCGGCGUCAGCUACUAUUCCCGUUGCAGCAACAGCAACAACAGGAGAAGGAGAAGGAGAGGCAGCAGCAGCAGCAGCAGCUCCUGCUCUUCCUGCUGCUGCUGAUGCUAUACCUGCAGCAAGCAGCGCAUCUGUGCUGCCGCGAUGCCCUGCUAUUGAUUACCUUAAAUCCCUUAGGCCGCCGCUAAAGCAGACGCUACCGCCUGUAGGCAAAACCCCAGCAGCAGCAGCUGCUGCUGCUGCUGCUGUGGCGCUGCAGGAGUAUGCUGUGGAAGCAACAAGAGGAGCAGCAGCAGCUGCUGCUGCUCUUAAGGGCUUCCCAUCUCGUGUCCGAAAUCCAACAGCAAGGCAGCUGCUACAUCUGGUCCUGCACCACCAGCAGCAGCAGCAGGAGAAGCAGCAGCAGCAGCAGCAGCAGCAAGAGCAGCAGCCAAUGCAGCAGCAUACGCCGCUUUCAAGGGAACGGAUCGAGACUUGCUACAAAGAAGGCGAAGCAAAGCUGCGGCAGCAGCUGCUGCUGCAUGCACCGUCGCUGCAGCAAUACACAAACUUAAAGGGAUAUAUUGAUUGGCUGCUUUCUAAGGGAUUCCUGACGAAGGUAGCAGCAGCAGACACUCGCGCUGUCCUUGGAUCGACUCCCGCUGGUGUCUGUUUUGUGACGGAUGCCCGUAUGCUUAACUGCAGCAGCAGCAGCAGCAACAGCAGCAGCAGCAGCAGCAGCAUGGCGGCAAGCGGGGGUUUGCAGCUGCGAUCCACUAUGAGAAAUCUCUUCCCUAAGAGGCCGUGGCUUGAUGUGGUUUGCAACACCUCCUGCCUAACCCCCGAAGAGAAAGACCUCCUGCAGGAACAGCUGCCCUACGCGUUGCUAAUAGAAGGCCCGCUGCAGCAGCAGCAACAGCAGCAACAGCAGCAGGAGAAUUUGGCGCUUCGCAACUACAUAGCGGGACUGGUGCAGAGAGUGCGGCCUCUUGCUGCUGCUGCUGCUGCUCGAUUGCAGCGGCAGCAGCAACCGCAGCAAGCAGAAUUGCUGCAAGACGCCCUUGAUGUGUAUAACCUUUUACGUAGGAGACGUGGCAAUAUUACCUAA